AUGGGAAGGCGAAUUCGAUCGACCUUCAUCAAAAUAGUCAUAGUGGUGGCAUGUGUAUCAAUAUUGAUGUGGCUACAGGGAUUAGGGACUCCUCUUGACAUCCCACAAGUGAAUGAAGAGUCCUUUAAACAUAUCUUGACUGAGACUUAUCGAAAGAGUGAUCUUCUAAACUCUAUUUCUAUUGUCGAUGAUACCUACGAUGAUAUGUUUAAACACAUGCCGUUGUCUACAGUCAUAUCACUGCUUGAUCUUGACGAGAGAUGCGAUUUGUAUUUCAAGACGUUGUUCAAAAAGGACCCCCAGUGGUACAUCGAGCCAACAAAGGACUUUAGUUUCAACAAAAAGUACUUUAUGAAGUACUCAGAGUACGAAAAAUCAAUGGUGGAAGAGUACAAGAAGAAGGAACAAAAGAAAGACGAAAAGAAACAAAAACGAGAUCGACAAGAGCCAGAAAUCCCCUCCGACGUCAAGGAGCAAUGGAAGCUGCAAUACAAACAAGCUUGGGACAAUAUACUAAGAGAUGAGCAAAAACUUCACGAUUUCAUGUCGCAUUUGAGAAUCUACAACAAGUGCUUUGUUGAGCAUGACGUGGAAAACUUACCUACUUAUAAUGCGGCAUCCGAAUCUAAUGUGAUGGCACUCAACGAUAGUGCCUUCAUCCAGGCUCAGCGGGAAGUUUUGGCUCCGUUACAUCUUCCUUCAACAAAGUACAGAAUGAAUUCUCAUUUCAAGCAUUUCGCAUCGUGCAAAUCCAUGGAGUCCAGGGUAUAUCCGUGGUUGACAUCCAAAUACCCGACAUACAAGCGGUGGGACAAUACCAAACUUAUAGACGAGCUCCCACAAUACGCACCACGACCUUCCGCUCACAAAACGUAUCACAAGUCCAGUUUUUCAAAAGACUCUCAUUCAUGCUUUCUUAAUCAGUUCAAGAACGAUUUGAAUGGCAAAGGAAUCGUGCUCACCAUUGCUGAUAGUCACCUAGAAAUGUCAAUAAGGUUAAUUAGACUAUUGCGAGCAUUGGGUAAUGAGCUUCCAAUUCAAAUUGUCUACCUUCAAGACCUUGCCUUUGAGACCAAGUAUCAACUUGUUCAAGCUAGUAGGUCCGAGUUUAAGGACUAUCCCAAGCAAGACUUGUGGUUCGUUGAUGUGUCAGGAGCUUUAAGUGAGAAAUUUGCUGGUAAGUUUGGAGGGUUUGGCAACAAGAUUCUUGCAACGUUUUUCAAUUCGUUUGAAGAAAUGAUAUUGCUUGAUGCUGACACUGUUCUUUUGGAAAAGCCCGAGUUUUUCUUCCACCUUCAAAAGUACAUCAAAACAGGCACUAUGUUCUACAAAGACCGUAGUGCCAUUGAAUUCAGACCUAAAAACGACAUUAUUUUCUUCAAGAAAAUGCUUCCGUCAAUAAUGGACACUAUCAUGUUCAACAUCCCACAGACCACCGAGUACACACUCAAGCGCCAGUUUUUCCAGGGAAAGAACCACUAUAUGGAGAGCGGGUUGGUGGUGAUCAACCGCAAAUUGCAUUUUAGUCAAGCAUUGGUUAUGGCCCAGCUCAAUUUCCACUUACCAGUGCAGGCGCGAGUAUACGGUGACAAAGAACUUUUCUGGUUGGCUUUGGUCAUUUCAGGAAAUGAAGACUACGCUUUCAAUGAACAUUUUGCAGCAGCGAUUGGAACGAUCACCCCUGACACAGAGCGUUGGGGCGAUUCAAAAGAGAUCAAGCCAUUGCACUCAAAAGAGGUUUGCUCUAACCACCCGGCGCACAUUAGUGAUGAAGACAACAAAUCGUUACUCUGGUUUAACUCAGGGUUCCGUCAUUGUGGGCAAAGUGACAAAGUUGACUUUGAGAAAGAAUUUGCUUACAAGAGACGGUACACCCACUUGAAGAAAUUGUCUCAAUUCAAGGCUUUUUUCGUUAACAAGUUGGAAAUCAAGUACGCGGUAAUUCCUCCCGUUGAUACGCUGAAAGCGGACAAUGAGGACAAUGAGUCGAAUAUGCCGUGGAUUAGCAUGGGAGGUUAUUGCAACGGAUACACCUGGUGUGGCUAUUCGCUGAUUGGAGGAACCUACACGAAAGAUGGAGAGAAACUCAGCAACCGUCAGGAUGGAAUUCUUAUCAAGUUCACAGAUAACGAGACACGGAAAUUUCAAACCCUCGGUGACGUUUGGAUCAGUAAGUUUGAUUAUAGGAGUGCGGAGAAAGUCAAGAGUGAUGAAGAGAAAGAUCACAAAAAGGAAAAUGUCGAUCCAGGCGACGAGAGUGCUAUUUUAAAGGCGCUCGAGCAAGACAGAGGAAAUUCAAAUGGCGAUAGUCAAUGGUGGAUAUCCGAGUGA